GGUCCGUCUCGGCGGUAGCGGCGGAAGUCUCGCGAGGGAGCGUAGCCGGGAUUUGGCGGCUGGCUGCCUCCCUCUCGCUGGCUGCGAGGAGCUGCCUGGUGUUUGUGUGGAAGGGGGAGGAGAAGAAGGAAGGGAAGCGAGAGGAGCCCGAGCCCCGUCUCCUGCCCGCCGAGGGGAGCGGACCGGACCCUCUGCCCGCUCGUCCCCUCCCUCGCCCCGCCAUGGCCUCGGGAGACACCCUGUACAUCGCCACGGACGGCUCGGAGAUGCCGGCCGAGAUCGUGGAGCUGCACGAGAUCGAGGUGGAGACCAUCCCGGUGGAGACCAUCGAGACGACCGUGGUGGGCGGCGAGGAGGACGAGGACGAGGAGGAUGAGGAUGAAUGCUGCGAGGAGUGCGGCCCGCACCACCCGCCCCAUCACUAUCACCACCACCACCAGCCCAUGAUCGCGCUGCAGCCGCUCGUCUCGGACGGAGACCCCAGCGGAGCAGGCGGCGGCGCGGGGGGCGGCGGCGGGGGGCAGCUCCACCUGCACCAUCACCAGGAGGUGAUCCUGGUGCAGACCCGUGAGGAGGUGGUAGGGGGAGACGACUCGGACGGGCUGCGGGCCGACGACGGUUUCGAGGACCAGAUCCUCAUCCCGGUGCCGGCCCCCGCCGGGGAGGACGAGUAUAUCGAGCAGACCCUGGUCACCGUGGCCGCCGCCGGUAGCAAGAGUGGUGGGGGUGGCGGCUCGUCCUCGUCCGGAGGCCGCGUCAAGAAGGGCGGCAGCGGAAAGAAGAGCAGCAAGAAGAGUUACCUGAGCGGGGGAGGCGGCGGUGGGGCCGAAGGCGGCGGAGGCAGGAAAUGGGAGCAGAAGCAGGUGCAGAUCAAGACCCUGGAGGGGGAGUUCUCGGUCACCAUGUGGGCCUCGGAUGAUAAAAAAGACAUUGACCAUGAAACAGUGGUGGAAGAACAGAUCAUUGGCGAGAACUCUCCACCUGAUUACUCAGAGUACAUGACAGGAAAGAAACUUCCUCCUGGAGGGAUACCUGGCAUUGACCUUUCAGACCCCAAGCAGCUAGCUGAAUUUGCUAGAAUGAAGCCACGAAAAAUUAAAGAAGAUGAUGCUCCAAGAACGAUAGCAUGUCCUCACAAAGGCUGCACAAAAAUGUUCAGGGACAACUCUGCUAUGAGGAAGCAUCUUCACACUCAUGGUCCUCGAGUACACGUAUGUGCAGAAUGCGGCAAGGCCUUUGUGGAGAGUUCCAAGCUAAAGCGACAUCAGCUAGUUCAUACUGGAGAGAAGCCCUUUCAGUGCACGUUUGAAGGAUGUGGAAAGCGAUUUUCACUGGACUUCAAUUUACGCACACAUGUGCGAAUUCACACUGGCGACAGGCCCUAUGUGUGCCCGUUCGACGGCUGUAAUAAGAAGUUCGCUCAAUCAACUAACCUGAAAUCUCACAUCUUAACACAUGCUAAGGCCAAAAACAACCAGUGAAAGUAAGCGAGAAGAAAGCUCUUGAACUCUCAAAGCAUCUUACAGGAGUAUGGGAAUAAAUAUGCCUCCCCUUUGUAUAUUGUUUCUAGGAAAGAAUUUUAAAAAAAGAACCCUACCCACCUAAAGGACAUGUUUUGAUAAAGUAGUUAAUAAAUAAAUAAAAACUUUAAGAUGACGUUGCUAAGAUGCUCUACCUUGCUCUGUAAUCCAGUUUCAAGAACACGGUGUUUUGUAAAGUGUGCUCCCAACAGGAGGGGACAAUUGAUGAACUUGCAUCAAAAAGACAAUUCUUUAUACAACAGUGCUAAAAUUGGACUUCUUUUCACAUUCUUAUAAAUAUGAAGCUCACCUGUUGCUUACAAUUUUUUUAAUUUUGUAUUUUCCAAGUGUGCAUAUUGUACACUUUUUGGGGAUAUGCUUAGUAAUGCUAUGUGUGAUUUUUCUGGAGGUUGAUAACUUUGCUUGCAGUAGAUUUUCUUUAAAAGAAUGGGCAGUUACAUGCAUACUUCAAAAGUAUUUUCCUGUAAAGAAAAAAGUUAUAUAGGUUUUGUUUGCUAUCUUAAUUUUGGUUGUAUUCUUUGAUGUUAACACAUUUUUGUAUAAUUGUAUCGUAUAGCUGUAAUGAAAUCAUGUAGUAUCAAUAUUAGAUGUGAUUUAAUAGUGUUAAUCAAUUUAAACCCAUUUUAGUCACUUUUUUUGGAAAAAUACUGCCAGAUGCUGAUGUUCAGUGUAAUUUCUCUUUGCCUGUUCAGUUACGGAAAGUGGUGCUCAGUUGUAGAAUGUAUUGUACAGGCACUGACCUUUUAUUAACACCUGAUAAUAUGUACAUCCCAUGUAAUAGAAAGGACAACAAUAAAACAGUGGUCCUAAAGAAAGAGUAUGGCAGAAGAUGAUCUGUAAGCACAGUCUAUUUUCUUUUUUUUGUCCAGAAUAAUUAUAGUUCUUGAACCUCCCAGAAAUUGGAAGCUUUAAUAAAACUCAAGUUUCCUUUACUUUGCAUUCAAUUAAAUGAUUUUUGAUUAAGUAAUACAUCUGUGGCAAAACAUAAUAUACCGAAGGUGGUAAUUUUAGUCAGAAUUGGUGACAGUAAUCUUGGGUUUGGGAGUGACUUGGACUCCUAUUAACUGGAAUAAUGGAGUUGGAAACAGUAUUUUCAGCACCCACAGCCAGCUAAUCAGUGGAACAACACAGUGUCUAAAUUAAUUGUGCUUCUCUCCUUAAUCAGGGUAAGGAGUGGGUGGAGUGGAGGUGUAUGAGUGCCUGCUUCUUUAUUUAGUCACAGUAAGGUGGGUGAGUAGGGUCAAUGGUGACACCAAAAUAUUGAGCAAACCCUUUGUUUGAUUGGGCUAACCUUCAGUUUUGGACUAGGUGCAGUAUCUGGGAUCCAUGCUUGGAGCAAGGAACAAAGACCAUGAAAAUUUCCAAUAAGUUUUAACGUACACAACAUUCUCUUGAUGGUCUAAUCAGAAGUGAUUUCUAACACUUUUUGUUACGAACGUUGAGUAAUAAAUCUGUGUGUACUGUAGUUAACAGUGAAAGUGACAAACACAAGAAUAUGCACAAAAAAUGCAUAGGUAUUGUUUUAAAAGAAUGGCCAAAAAAAGGCUUAACGUUGUUCUAAACAGUGUCUGAUAGUAAAAUGUUUGUAGACAUCAA